AGACUUUCUAAGGAUUUUUUUUUUCUUUUUUUUCUUUUUUCGUUUUUCCUUUUCUUUUGUGCAUUGUAGAGAGUAGUGAGUAGAAAGAGGAGAAGAGAGAGAGAGAGUCCCCACAACUCUCUGUCCCCGCUGCCGGACAAAACUGCCACCGCCAAUAAUGCUUGGGAGCUUGUAAACCAGACAACCCCAGCUCUCAUUCACUGUCUCUCUCUCUCUCUCUCUCUUCUGCUAAGUCUUACCAACUCUCUCAGUUUCAAGUAUAUCUGCUAUAUCUUCUUUCCCUCAGUUUAAAAAGAGAAUUUGUUUUAAGAGAAUUUUCAACCUUUCAUUUCUUACCACUUUUUUUUUUUUCUUUUAAUUUUGAAUUUUUCAUUUUCUUUCACCGAUGUUUUAACCCAACUGCCAUCUUCAACCUCUCUUUUUAAGUUGUUGCGUUGUUGUUCUCUGUGCUUUCUUCUUCGGUGGAGUUGUUCAAAGCAAAGCACAGUAGUGAGUAGACAUUUAUUAAAUAUUCUAUUAAAGACUACCACUUAGCUAGCAACAGAAACUAAGGAAUAAUUUUCUACGGUUUUUGGACAUGGGGUCUCGUUCUACUCCUUGGGUCAUACAUUUAUUACUCUUGUUUAGUUAGUAUCACAAUGGAAUGUUGGUAACCAACGAGAGAGAGAGAGAGAGAGAGAGAGAGAGAGAGAGAGAGAGAGAGAGAAUUUAAGGUAGGCACGCUUCAACAACUGCUCAGCUGUAAUGGAGAGGCUUCAAGGACCCAUUAAUCCCUGUUUUUUUGGUGACCAUUUGGAUGUGGAGUGCUUAGAACAAGGACUAAGCAGUUCAGCUGGGACAUGGAGAUUCGAGGAAGAAGAAGAAGAAGAAGCACAGUUGUCAAUACCAGGGUUGGAUGAUAGAAUGCCGUUUCUUCAAAUGUUACAGAGCGUGGAAUCACCAGCACCUUUUUUCCCCUUGAAAGAGCCAAGCUUUCAGGCGCUGUUGAGACUUCAACACCUAAAGAAGCCAUGGGAAUUAGGGAACUCCUUCAAUAUGCCCCAAAUGGAAACCCAAAUUCAGGCUCUAGAGCUUGAGAGCUGCGUAACCCAACACAUAGACUUUGUAGAGGAGUUGCAUUCACCCAUUAAAUCCGAAGCCAACAAAGAUGUGAAUAAUCAACACCACCACCCACAUUCAACUGAGGGCGUGAGCUCAGAAUGCAACCAAGAACAACAACCAAGCUCAGUAGAAAACAACUCAGCCUCCAAUGGAUCCGUAUCUGCUUCUACCUGGGCUCGGGCUCAGGCUCAGACCCACCCACAGAACGCACCCAAACAAAUCCACUCCUCUAAAUCUCUCCCUGUGACCAGGGAAAGAAGAAAGCGCAAGAGAAUCAGACCGGCCAAGAACAAGGAAGAAGUAGAGAGCCAGCGCAUGACCCACAUUGCUGUUGAACGCAACCGCAGACGCCAAAUGAAUGACCAUCUCAACGUUCUUAGGUCUCUCAUGCCCACCUCCUACAUUCAAAGGGGUGACCAAGCGUCCAUAGUAGGGGGUGCAAUAGACUUUGUGAAGGAAUUAGAGCAACUUCUUCAAACCCUUGAAGCCCAAAAAAAAAUGAGAAAAUCAGAAGGUGGUGGUGGUAGCAAUAAUGGAAGUGACACUCCGGUUAGCUCAUCGUCUUCCUCUGCAAUGGCUGUGGCAUCCAAUGGGAUGUUCAUGUCGCUUUCCCAAUACAAAAUUGGGUCGGAGGAAUCCAACAAUAAUAAUAAUAAUAACAAUGGAGACGAAGUCACUGCGGAGAACAAGUCUGAGGCAGCUGAUAUAGAAGUGACUGUGAUUCAAACCCAUGUCAACUUGAAGAUCCAGUGUCCAAGGAGACCUGGCCAGUUGUUAAAAGCCAUUGUUGCACUUGAAGAUCUUAGGUUAUCAAUUUUGCACCUCAACAUUAACACUUCACACUCUACAGUUCUUUACUCCUUCAACCUCAAGAUUGAAGAUGGUUGUAAGUUAGGAUCUGCAGAUGAAAUUGCUGGAGCAGUUCAUCAAAUAUUCAGAUACAUGGAAAGCAGCUGAUAUUUUUGAAAUUCUUAGAAAAAUGGGCUCUCGAGGGAAAAGAAGAAAGAAAAAAGAAAAUGUAAGAUGCUUUUUAUGGGGAUGGGAGAAGAGGGAGGGAACAGGCUACAGAGAGCACCCCCAAUUAGAAUUACAUAGUCUCAAUCUCCUAGGCUGUGAGUUGUACCACAGAGGUUGCAGUAGUGACAGGGCAGAUUAUGAUGUUUACUUGUUGAUUUUAUAAUAUAAAAAAAUGGUUUCCCUGUUUAAUGUUAUUUAUUUAUUCUCAGAAUUUUUGUUAGUACUGAAAGAAAAAAAAAAAAAAAAAAAUGAAAAGGAGUGGAGGGGAUUAGGAGGGACCCAACAUGCCUGGCUGAGUUGGGGUUUAUUUUGAAUAUCAGAUUCUCAUGAUUACAAUUUGCAAACAAUGCUUCUCUUUCUAUA